AUGGCGAACUGCGACACCGGUUCGGUCCACUCUCAGCGACCGGACUCACGCGGCCGGUUCGGCCGGUUCGGCGGCAAGUACGUCCCUGAAAUACUCAUGUUCGCCCUCACCGAACUUGAAUCUGCUUUUCACUCCCUCGCUUCCGACGAACAUUUCCAGAAAGAGCUGGCGGAGACUCUGCGGGACUACGUAGGUCGCGAAAGCCCGCUCUACUUCGCGGAGAGGCUCACGCGCCACUAUGCGCGUGACGGCCAAGGGCCCGAGGUGUAUCUGAAGAGGGAGGAUCUGAACCACACGGGGGCGCACAAGAUCAACAAUGCAGUUGGUCAGGCUUUGCUGGCGAAGAGAUUGGGGAAGAGAAGGGUCAUUGCUGAGACUGGUGCGGGGCAGCAUGGGGUGGCCACUGCCACUGUGUGUGCGAGGUUUGCGUUGGAGUGUGUGGUCUAUAUGGGGGCGAGGGACAUGGAGAGACAGGCUCUUAAUGUGUUCAGAAUGCGGCUUCUUGGUGCUGAGGUCAGAGCAGUUCAUUCUGGGACUGCUACACUGAAGGAUGCUACAUCAGAAGCUAUACGGGAUUGGGUGACCAAUGUGGAGACAACACAUUAUAUUUUGGGCUCUGUUGCAGGGCCACAUCCCUAUCCAAAGAUGGUAAGAGAGUUUCAAGCAGUGAUUGGUAAAGAAACAAGAAAGCAAGCGUUGGAAAAGUGGGGAGGGAAGCCAGAUGUUCUGUUAGCAUGUGUUGGUGGUGGUUCAAAUGCCAUGGGACUUUUCCAUGAAUUUAUUGAUGACGAAGAUGUUAGACUGAUUGGUGUGGAGGCUGCAGGGUUGGGCCUAGAAAGUGGUAAGCAUGCAGCUACAUUAACAAAAGGAGAAAUUGGGGUUUUGCAUGGAGCUAUGAGCUAUCUUUUGCAAGAUGACGACGGGCAAAUAAUUGAACCCCACUCUAUCAGUGCAGGGUUGGACUACCCUGGAGUUGGACCAGAGCAUAGUUUCUUGAAAGAUGUAGGGCGUGCUGAAUACUACAGUGUUACUGAUGAAGAAGCACUGGAAGCCUUUAAGAGAGUAUCACAGCUGGAAGGCAUUAUUCCUGCUUUGGAGACAUCUCAUGCUCUUGCAUAUUUAGAGAAACUCUGCCCUAUCCUUCCAAAUGGAACUAAGGUUGUGGUUAAUUGCAGUGGCAGAGGGGAUAAGGAUGUUCAAACUGCAUUCAAGUUCUUAAGUGUUUGA